AUGAGCGGGAAAGUUUGGGCGCUCACCGGCGUCGUCGGUGACGGUCGUCGCCGCCUCGGCGGCGGCCGCCUUGCGCUCCGCGGUCAGCUUGAGCGAGGUGAGCUGGCGGAUGGCGUCGUCGAUGUCGCCGCACUUCUCCAGGAUGGAGGACACGUCCUUGUCCAUCUCGGCGGGGAACUGGUCGAUGAAUCGAACGAGCUCCUCGGCCUGCUGAACGUUGAGAGAGAAACCCCUCAGGUGCAGGAGCUUCCUGACGAACGAGUGACCGGUCCUGUGCCUCUUGUACCAGUUCGCGCCGCAGCCCUCCGCGACGUGCGAGUCGUAGCCGUGUCUUCUCUUCCUCCGUUCGUUGGGAGAAAUUGGGCUGAGGACGGCUGGAGCCGUCAGGCAGACCUCGGCCAUGCAAACCUUGCCGGCGGACGACGCGGAGCGUGGACCGUUCGAGAGUCUUGCGCGCGGGCCGUGCGUGAGAACACUGCCGGUGGCGUCAAACACUCGUCUCUCGGUGCGGUGCCCUCGCACCUCACAAUGGAGCCGGCGGAAGGAUCUUGA